AACCAAAAACAGAAUACACAACUUCAAAUUUGCCAUUCCACAUGUAGUUAGGAAAGAACUGGAAUGGCAUUCUUUGGCAUAACCUUGUUGGGCUAUCAGGAGCCCUUUCUAAGCAAAAAGAAAGCAUGGGUGAAGGGAGAAGGGAAAGCGACAGAGGAAAAGUGUCCCAAGGAGUCAGUUUCUACCAAGCUGCCCUCUAUCAUCCCAGGUGGAAAUUACUGUGUGCACCAGAACAGCCAUAAAAAGUACUACAGAGCCAUCCAGAGGGUACAGUUAAAGAAAUUCCACAACCAGCUCUUUGAAGCACCUCUGACAGAUGCUCAGAAUUUCAGUUUCUGGAUGCCUCAUGAAGAUGGGAUACGCCCACAAGACAUUACUCCAUGGAUAAAGACUCCAAGACACUGCAUUAUCAAGAGCCCCAUAACCAGGUUUGUGGAUGAUCUGAUACUCAGUGACCGACUCUUCACUUUAUUUUGAGCUGGGGGAGCAGAAGGCAGGCCUAGGGCAUAUGCCUAAGCCUGGUACUCCAGAAUGAAUAACUAGUGGGAUACAAAGAGCUGGGGGUAUUUGUGGGGAAGAUGUUGUUGUGGGGGAGUGGGGAAGACUGGAGAAUUACUCAAAAAGCACAAAAUAAAACAUAUUGG